AUGCCUUCUGUCGCAGGCAGACCAGAUUCACCUUGUUCUGCCUGCGGCAUGAACGUUUAUUCCACAACUCCAGAUAACAUUACCACGCAUCAAUCACUGUUUUCAGUAUCGCCCUCAUGUUCAUCGAAUGGGGGACCAAGUGACAUGGGGAACAGCUCUCAGGGCCCAGCCGCCUCGUUCUUGUCCUCGUCUACCAAAUCUGGCACCAAUUCAUCCUGGCGCCUCCGAGGUGCAGUAGUGAGCUUAAGCAUUGAAAACUCCGCCGCCGACUACGUCCUCGUCCAAAAAAUCCCCAUCCACCUCCUCAAGCGCUUCUCCCUCAUCGCCCGCCGCGUCCUCCACGCGCGGCGGACCCUCCGCCACGUCUCCAUCCACGUCGCCGACGCCCCAAUCCCGGACGAAGCCGCCGUCGUGAACCUCCUGUUCUGGAUGUCCACUGCCUGCCGCGACCCGAGCAUCGCGCCCUUCCAGCUCCCCGACGCCGGGUCCAUCAAUCUGCGCCGCACCGCGAGCUUGGCGUACGCGGCGGCGGUGCUGCAGGUGCCGCGCGUCGAGAUUAACCUGUGCGGGCCGAUGUUGAGCUCGCUGUGGCGCGAGCCGCCGGGGGCAGGAGAGGCGGAAUAUAUUUGGGAACGGACGACGACGGCAGCGACAACAACGACGAUGAAAUCGACAGGGUGCGGCAGAAUGUAUAUGGAGUUUGAUUAUCGGCGGGCGUUGGUGGCGUCCAUUGCGUAUUUCUGGGCGGUGGGGUGGUUGGGAGAUUGGGAUGCGCUGGAGGAGGUGCUGGGGCGGCAUCCGGAGUUGGAGGCGGCAGUUGAGCAGGCGGUGAUGGCGAUCAUGGGAGAAGAUCGGAAUGGAGAUGGGCUGCCCCCGGCGCCAGCUUUCAUCGGACUCCUGAGUGGGCAUAAGCGUUAUCCAUACUCCAGAUGGCGACACAUUCGAUCUAAUCGGAUCGGUGCGUCGGAAACCCCUCCACCUACCGAAGAAUAUGUGCCGUGGCCGCGGCUGAAUGAAUUUGGACAUGUUUUGAGAGGCGUAGACUUGUGGAAGCGCAAAGAGAAAAAAAACCUUGAAAAUCCAACAAGCUCUGAUCCGGCUGACGUGAAGUUGUGA